CAGCAGGCUGAGGCACAAGGUGCCUCUCAGGUUACAGGGAGGACUCCAUCUGUUACCCUAGACCUUCUUACUAAGUGACACACGAGGAGACACCCGCAGGCAGCUGGAAGGAGUUUUAUUUUAUAGAUCUUUUAGUCCGGAGAUUUCAAUUUAGAGAGAAGCAGUGGAAGGGGAGAGAAGGCAGGAAUGAGUGACGAGGAAGCCUUUGUCCACUGACGUGCCACCUGGCAGGAGCCCCGUCCACAGUGGGGGUGCCCUGCAGCCAGCAUCUGUCCCUUCAUCGUCUAUAAUAGAUGCAGCCAGAGGGGCAGGCCCUUCUCCGGGCGCACCAAGCUCUGCCUUUGAACUGCUCCUUCUGCAAGGCCAUCUCUCAUCAUGCCAAACCAACAGAAGAAAAUCAUUUUCUGCGCGGCUGGUGUGUUAAGUUUCGUGUGUGCCCUCGGAGUUGUGACAGCCCUGGGAACACCAUUGUGGAUUAAAGCCACCAUCCUCUGCAAAACCGGGGCUCUGCUUGUCAAUGCCUCUGGGCAGGAGCUGGACAAGUUCAGGGGUGAGAUGCAGUAUGGACUUUUCCACGGACAGGGCGUGAGGCAGUGUGGGUUAGGAGCAAGGCCCUUUCGCUUCUCAUUUUUCCCAGACUUGCUCAAAGCCAUCCCAGUGAGCAUCCAUGUCAAUGUCAUUCUCUUCUCCACGAUCCUGACGGUUGUGACCAUGGCGGGGACUGCCCUCUUCAUGUACAAUGCUUUUGGCAAACCCUUUGAGACCCUGCAUGGGCCCCUUGGGUUGUAUCUUCUGAGUUUCAUUUCAGGCUCCUGUGGCUGUCUCGUCAUGAUCUUAUUUGCCUCUGAAGUGAAAAUCCACCACCUCUCUGAAAAAAUUGCAAAUUAUGCCGAAGGGACAUACGCCUACAGAACGCAGCGGGAGAGCUACACCACCUCCUUCUGGGUGGUUUUCACCUGCUGCUUGGUUCACUUUCUCAACGGGCUCCUAAUACGACUCGCCGGAUUCCAGUUUCCUUUUGCAAAAUCCAAAGAUACAGGGACAACCAACGUCGCCGCGGAUUUGAUGUACUGAAAAGCCACAAUCUCUGUGGUUUUCCCAGAUACCAGAAAGCAGAGCUGCGACUGCCUUCCUAAAAUGAAAGUGCAUCAAAUGAACAGCUCCAAAAUGUACCAAGGCACUUUUUUUUUUAAGUUUGCUUAAAGCACAGUCUUAUGAACCACGCCAGA